AUUCAACACCCUCUUCUAAUAUGGAAGGGCAUGAACUCCUCUCCGGGUUGUAGCUUUAGCAGCAUGUCCUUCUGUCCUAGAACAAGACAAUUCAAACGUCGACGUAUCUGCUCUUUGCAAACCGUCGAUGAAGUUCAUUCGCCGAUCGGCGACUCUGCUAUGCCGAUAUCCUCCCUCGUCGUAAGGUUCGAGCCAGGAUCUAGGUUCGUCGUUUGCAAUUUUCUCAAGAUCUUAACUCUCCAGAUCCGCAGCGAUCUCGCACUUAUUUCCGUACUCUAUACAGGAAGCAACAGAAGGGAAAAAAGAUAGUGAAAUCCAGAGUGAAGGAUUGAAAAUGAGUUCUCAAGUUUUGCAAGCAACUAAGGUGUAUCGCAACCUUCUCAGAGCUGUCAAGAAGCACAUUGGAAAGGAAGACUACAAGAAGCACUUUAGUGAAUACAUAACAGAAGAGUUCCGGAAGAACCAUGAACUUUCAGACCCUUCAUUAGCAAGACAAAAGAUCAAGAUUGCCAGUGAUUACACUUUUCUACUUAACAGCAUCCAUAAUCACAAGGAACUCUUGUUCUCUUACAACAUAGCUGUUGAUAGAUCAGAAGAAAUGAAAAGAAUACUUGGAAAAUCCGCUGCAAGUGUUGGCCUUCAGCUGCCUGAGCCUUAUCAACCAUGAUGGCCUGUGGUCGUUGUCAUCUUCAUCCCUUUCCCUUCGGGGGAAAUUCUAUCUCCUUCAUGCUACUAUUUUAAUUCUUUAAUAACCUUGUUAGUGAUACAUUUUGAUUUAGUUCCUUUUUUCUGCCAACCAAACCGAUUGAAGCCAAUGUUCCACAGUCUUGUAGGGUUUUGUGAUUAAAAUAAAAGUAUUUAAUGUCACUUGAACAAGCGGUCUGGCCAUGAUAGAAUUUUACUGAUUGUGUUAAAGAAAACUAUGAAUGGUCU